AUGCAUAAAGCCGCUCCACCAUUGCGGCUCGGCCGGCCGAGCGGCAAAAGUCAAAGGAGUCACACCAGUAACACCAACUCAGGCGAAGCCGAAGUCCAAGGCUGUGCGGGUGUAGAGGGGGGAAUGUCGAACGAGCCCUCGCAGCAUCCAUUGUCAACAACAGUAAACUCUCCGAAUUCUAGGAGUGCACAGCAGCCAGACCAACAGCGAGACGCUCAACCGGACUCUGACGAUGGACAACAAGAGCAACAGCAACCCAAUACUCUUGCGGCGGGACACGAUAGUUUAGACUUUUCAACUGCACCAUUGAUGUUGAUACCACCGUCCACAAUCCCCGCACUACCAUACAACGAUACCAUCGCCAUGCAAUGGCAGGCUACUAUUGGCGACAUAGGGGUCGAUACGCCGUCGUCAUCAGACGCUGGGCGAACGAGUCUUGUGGGCAUGGAAAGCUAUCCAUUGCAGCCCAGCUUGGACAGCCAUUGGAUGGACGAACAUUCAACCGACGCAUUCAACCUUACACUUGACCAUCAAGUGCCACAAAAAAUAAAUUUGCCUGCGCCGCCCUCUGCGCCGCACGGACGGGACGCCUUGGCACGUCUUCUGGAUCUUCGGCGAGAUCUCGAAACUCUACAUAACCCCCCGUCCGACACCAGUUCGCGGCCAGAUGUGGGAAGAAACAAUGGUCCUGGUAUUCACUGUUCUCUUUCUGCAACCAUUGAAAAGGUCUUUAGUUCAACUGAGGUAUUGGUUGACAUUAUAAGCGCUCUCGAUCGGCGCAGCCAGGUUGGUACUCCACCUUCUCAUCUUGACUGGCAGCCGGAUAGCUCGUCCACGCCACCUGUCAACGUGGACCAUUCCACUAUGCUGUUAAUUUUGAGCUGUUAUAUGCGACUGUUGGAUAUUUAUGAGUCUUUAGCAGACGAUCUGCGUGCAAAUAACCACCACCUGCCGACUCCCCCCGGCGCCCCGCCCGCGCUCAACGUUCCCGUAUUCGCUAUGGGCGGCUUCAAGUUGGCAACCACGUCAAGUACAAACGUCGUGAUGAUUAUACACGCCAUACUGGAGAUGGUAGCUCUUCUACAAAUGGGUAUACACGUCUACGUCUUGGCGGCGGGCCGCGACGGUGGCAGGGACAGUCAAGCAGGCAGACGAAGUGAUUCUCGCGAGUUCCCCAAAUACCAGAACCACUCCACAGUACCAAGUACCGAAACAUUUCUAAAGGACAUGCUCUCCAGCCUCAGCAUGCGAGAGCAGACGCUAGUUAGAAACCUGUCUAGGGCCAUCUACCAGGUAUCUAUCCUAGACUACUAA